AUGGUGGUUUUUAGUUAUUACGCGACGCGUUAUGCCGGUUUGUUGUUGUUAAACGCAGUGUUACUGUCAGCACAGCCUCUUACAGUUGAGAAAAUUGCAGUUGGUGCAAUAUUCGACCAGAACACUGAGGAAAUUCAAAAUGUCUUCAAGUACGCGAUGACCAUACACAAUCAGAACAUAAGCAGCCGUCGAUUAGAACUGCAGGCAUAUGUCGAUGUAAUCAACACUGCUGACGCUUUCAAACUGUCUCGACUAAUAUGCAACCAGUUCGCGCGGGGCGUGUUCGCUAUGCUCGGUGCGGUCACUCCGGAAUCCUUCGACACUCUGCACUCCUACACGAACACAUUCCAAAUGCCUUUUGUCACUCCGUGGUUCCCUGAAAAGGUCAUUCCACCAUCGUCGGGUCUAAUCGACCACGCUGUGAGCAUGCGACCGGAUUACCAUAAAGCUAUCGUGGACACAAUACUGUAUUAUGGAUGGAAGGAAAUCAUUUACAUGUAUGACUCGCAUGAUGGAUUACUGAGACUCCAGCAACUAUACCAGACUAUGCAGCCGGGCCGAACCGCGUUCCGAAUCGCACUCGUGAAGAGAAUUAAUAAUGCUUCUGAUGCCAUGGAAUUCUUGUUGGCUUUGGAACAAUAUGACCGUUGGGGAAACAAGCGAAUAGUACUAGAUUGCAAUGCGAAAAACGCCAAAAACAUAUUGGUCGAACAUGUUCGUAAAGUGCAAUUGGGACGCAGGACUUAUCACUACAUGCUCAGCGGACUGGUUAUGGACGAUCAUUGGGAGAACGAAGUAACAGAAUACGGCGCAGUCAAUAUAACUGGGUUUCGCAUCGUCGACCACUCGCGUAAGAUUGUGCGCGAUUUCAUGGACGGUUUGCGGCGAAUGGAUCCUCGGUUCAAGGGGACCAUAUCGGCGGAGACAGCGCUCAUGUAUGAUGGUGUCCAAGUUGUAAUGGAUGCUUUGGGGAGGCUCUGGAGAAAGAAGCCAGAGGCCUUCAGGAGACGCGCUGCGGGACUAGCAAAUUCAACUAAAGUUAUUGAUUGCAACCCUGGAAAAAGUUGGGUAGUACCAUUUGAGCAAGGCGACAAAAUAUCUAGAUUGAUCAAAAAGACGGACAUUGAAGGUCUCACUGGAAACAUAUCAUUCAACGAGGAGGGUCAUCGACACAAUUUUACGCUACAUGUUGUCGAAAUGACCGUACAAAGUGCAAUGCUAAAGGUUGCUACAUGGAGCGAUGCCCAUGGUCUGCAAGUGGCAUCUCCGAAAUACGUACAGCUUCGUUCACCUGCCAGUUAUGACACCAACAAAACAUAUUCAGUGGUGUCUAUUCUCGAAGAACCAUAUCUCAUACAGAAAUCAACAGAAUACGGACAAAAAGAAGAAUUUAUUGGAUUCUGUAAAGACCUGAUGGAUCUAAUUGUAACCAAAAUAGGAAUCAAAUACAAGAUAAAGCUGUUGAAAGAUGGCAAAUACGUUAACGAGCCUGUACCAGACGUCUACACUGGCGUAAUUGGCGAGAUUAUGAGAAAGGACGCAGACAUAGCCGUCGCUCCUUUAGCCGUUACACCUGAACGUGAGCGAUUAGUGGACUUCAGCGAACCGUUUCUCUCAAUAGACACACCGAUCACUUACACAAGGACGCCAAAGCAGUUAUCGGAUACAUUCAGUUUCCUUCGACCACUAUCAAAAGAAAUAUGGCUUUGUGUAUUGUUCAGUUUCUUUGCUGUCAGCAUAGUACUGUUCUUAGUGUCAAGAUUCUCUCCCCAUGAAUGGAAAUCUGUCUCGAUAUCAGAUACGCAACUGGACCAUGCCAUGAGUAGCACAAGUGAGAUUAUUUUGCACAACGAAUUCAGCAUUUGGAAUUCGUUCUGGUUUUCGCUCGGAUCCUUUAUGCAGCAAGGCAGUGACGUGGUGCCGAGGUCUUUAUCGGGAAGAAUUGUUGGAACAGUGUGGUGGUUUUUUGCUCUCAUCCUAGUUUGCUCGUACACGGCAAACCUAGCAGCGUAUCUCAUUGUGGAACGUAUUGCGGAACCGGCGCAUUCAACCAUCAACUAUGCACCAAACUUAGCUCAUACCGAAGUCAGUAAUUUGAAUUUACGGAGCAAUUUCGUGAGGGAUCCUGUUUUAAAUGAAGAGACUAUACCAGCUUAUUCUGAUGAUGGAGAAGUGUGUGGUCCAUCGCGUGUUUGUCGAUAUAAGCACGUUAAUUUCGCAAUCGCCACGGCAAAGGGAUCCCCUCUCAGGGAAGCUAUUAACUUGGCAAUAGUCAGUUUGAAAAAAGACGACGUUAUAUCUAAACUGUGGCGCAAAUGGGCUAACUAUAACAAGAAGCCGGAUUGUGAUGUAAUCAAAGAUGAGGAGACAUCCAUAACGGAAAUGACACUAAGCCAAGUGGCGGGGAUAUUCUACGUGCUUGUGGGAGGAUUGGCAUUGGCGCUGGGAGUUGCAUUGGUAGAGUUUUGUCAGCACGGUCGCGCAGAGGCUGCACGAGCCAACGUUCCGCUACGGGCCGCCCUGCGGGCCAAAGCUCGUCUCGCUUCCCGCACGGAACGCAAGACGCCGCCACUACGCACACAAAGCGAUCACGAGCGCCUCGGUUGGAACGGAGCGGCAUUCGCUGGGUACUUUACUUCUGGCACCCAGAUUUCCCAGGAGGAUGCUGUUCAUGCCAGCUUUACACACGUCUGA